CCUUGCCUCAAAAGUCCCCUGGAAGACGCAUCACCGUUGGAUUUGGUGAUCAUCUGCACAGGCGCGCUGGAAUUGGUGUCUAAAUUAGGGCUCUGUUGGCUUAUUUAUGCACUUUACAACCAUUAUUCGUAUCCUUAUUCUCUCAAACUGUUGCUAGGGUUUCUGAAGCUUCGAAUCAUCCCAGGACGAAGGUACUGGUGUAGUGUGGCAAAGAUGAGGCCCAUUUUUUGUGGGAACUUCGAGUACGAGACUCGCCAAUCUGAUCUGGAACGUUUGUUCUCCAAAUACGGAAGGGUGGAGCGUGUUGACAUGAAAUCUGGGUUUGCUUUUGUUUAUUUUGAGGAUGAACGUGAUGCUGAAGAUGCCAUUCGUGGUCUUGACAAUAUGCCAUUCGGUUAUGACAGGCGCCGAUUGUCAGUAGAGUGGGCUAGGGGUGAGCGAAACCGUCAUCGCGAUGGGUCUAGGUCAGUGGCAAAUCAAAGACCUACCAAGACAUUGUUUGUAAUAAAUUUUGAUCCUAUUCGCACAAGGGUUCGUGACAUAGAAAGGCACUUUGAACCUUAUGGUAAAGUUCUUCAUGUCCGAAUUCGAAGAAACUUCGCUUUUGUGCAGUUUGAAACACAGGAAGAUGCUACCAAAGCUCUUGAAUGUACACACAUGAGCAAAAUAUUAGAUAGGGUGGUAUCCGUGGAGUAUGCUCUGAGGGAUGAUGGAGAGAGGGAUGACAGGAAUGAUAGCCCUAGAAGAGGAGGUUAUGGUAGACGUGGGGACAGCCCUUAUAGACGCUCACCAAGUCCAGGGUAUCGAAGGGGUCGACCAAGCCCUGAUUAUGGCCGAGCCCGCAGCCCAGUCUAUGAUAAGUACAAUGGUCCAGCCUAUGACAGGCACAGGAGUCCUGAAUAUGGUAGAUACCGCAGCCGAUCGCCCAUUCGGAGGUCAAGAACGUGAAGAGUUGCUGGGUCAAAGUGGGGAAACAUGCUGAACUGAAAUAUGCCAUUUUGUUGUUUGCGAGGUCGCUAGGUAGUUGUGUGUGAUCUUAAUGAUCUUUAGGACAAGUUACCAACUAGCUGAAAAUUGCACUGUUUUAGGUGAUAUUUUAGGCAGAAGUGGUUGCUGGUACUUUCAUUUGUAUGUUAACUUGUGUGAUUCGGACCAUGACUCUUUGAAGUCGAUGAAUGAUUAAUGGGAUAGAAUAUCAGCCUUUAUAUGUU